AUGGCCGAUGAACCACGAAGAUCAGGACGAGCCACCAAGGGCCAGCACAAGAACCUUGAGCUGGUACAAGAUAUUCCCUCGAAGAAAGGCAAGUCGAAGAGCCAGUCCAAGGAGAAGUCCGCGAAACUAUCCGCCGAACCCACUCCAUCGCCGAGCGAACAAAACGAAGAAGAAAUUAUUCGGUGCAUCUGUGGCGAAUAUGAGGAGGAAGAGGAUAUCGAGAGAGACAUGAUCUGCUGCGAUCAGUGCUCGGCAUGGCAACACAAUGACUGCAUGGGCCUUACCUUUGCCAAGGGUCAGGAGCCUGAUGAAUACUUUUGUGAACGAUGCAAACCCGAAAAUCACAAGGAACUCUUGGAGAAGAUGGCGCGGGGUGAAAAGCCAUGGGAAGAAGUCGCCCGACGACGACAGCAGGAGAUAGAGGAGAAAAAGGCCGCGAAACGGAAAAAGGGUAAGAAGAGUAAAAAGGGUAGUGCGAGACCCAGCGAUAUCAAGGCUGAGACUAGUGCUCCAUCAACUCCUGCUGCUUCGGAAACACCUGCCGCUCCGUCUGUAUCCAGGCUAUCGGUCGAAGCUAAGACUCCAGCUCCUGCCCCCAGCGAGACGACCACAGACACCAGGGCUGUCAGCACUCAAAAGCGAAAGUUUGAUGAACACGUGGAGCCUUCUACACCAGACGCUGGCCCCAAACAAAAACAACAGCGGUUGUCAGAGCCGAGGAAAUCUGUUGAUAAAACGAUAAAAACAUCCCCUGCCGAGUCACGGAAACCUAGCAUGGUUGACUCGCAGACCGGAGUAGCUGAGAAACCCGAAGAUAUAAGUAGUACAGCUCGCAGAAAGGCUGCAGAACACUUGAUUGGGUUCUUCAAAGAGAAGGUGACAUCAGCACAGAAGCAGGGCAUCUACAAUCUACCACCUGAAAAAACAGCCGAAGAUGUCGCUCGAUCUUUAGGUCUAUCUGUUGAACAUGCUAUGUAUGCAGUUACAUGCGGUGGAUCUGGCGAACCGAAUGAAGCCUACAAGAGCCAGUUGCGUGCAAUCACGUUCAAUUUAAAGGCAAAUUCUUCACUAAGGGACCGAUUACUGAAUGGAAAUCUCGCUCCUGCCGCUCUUGCUACGAUGACUUCCCAAGAUAUGGCUAGCGAGGAGCAACAGCAGAAAGAUGCAGAGAUCAAAAGGGCAGCAGAAAAGCAGCACAUUAUUAUGCAAGAACAAGGGCCACGGAUCAGACGUACACAUAAGGGUGAGGAGGUCAUUGAUGGUGAUGGACAAGCAGGCACAUCGGAAUCGAUAUUUUCAUCAACUGCAGUUCGUCGUCCUACUCUUGAUACCGAUAGUUCUAUCCCCGAAAGCCCGACUGGCGCGAAGGCCCCACAGUCAUCAGGGGAACCCACAGCGAAGCCUUCGGCUGAAACACAUGCAGCAAAUGGUGGUGCUGUCCGUUCUCAUUCCCCCGGGUUUUCGACUCAGGAUGGCCUGUUUCCCGAGGUGCCUGCCCAUCUACACCAGCCUCUGCCAGUAGGUGGCAAGGUUCAGGCCGAUGAGGAGAUUGAUAACCUUCUCAAAGACGAGGAGGUGGAAUCUCCCCCAUACUCACCUAAAGACCUCCAGGCUGGAGGUGAUAUCUGGUUUGGCAAGUUAGGCAUGAGCUCCAUUGCAGAGUUCAGGUCAACUGGCAGGCAUAUCGCUGGCGCCGAUCUCAGCGCCAAGAUACCUUGGAGCCAGCUAGCGCCUUCGUCCCUUGUGGUAGACGGUAGAAUUGAUGUUGACCUCGCCAGCAAGUAUCUCUGUGGAUUACGGUUCAGUACUUCGACGGAUGUGACUGUUAUGGCGAUAGCAGCUCCUCAUCAACCAAGUGAACGUACGGCAUUCGAUAAGCUCUUCAAUUACUUCACAGACCGGAAGAGGUACGGCGUAGUGGGCAAGCAUCCGCUAGCAGCUGUCAAAGAUCUCUAUGUUAUUCCCGUCGAUGCCGGAGCGAGCCCUAAACCCGAGUUCAUUCAGUUGUUGGAAAAUAAUACGCUCGAAGACCCGACACCUGAUCGCGUACUUCUCAUGGUGUUUGUCGUCAAAACUAAGGAUUCUACGCCCUCUGAACAAGCUACACCUUAUCAUCCAGGUCAGGCAGUUCCGCAGGUCGUUGCCAGUCCGUUGGGAACUACGCCUUUUACUCAGAAUCAUCAGCAGCAGCAGUUCGCUUCACCUACCCCAGCGUCACGACAGAGCUCACAGGUGACUCCGUCAGGUCUAGCUGGAUCCCCAUCAUUAAAUGGAAACGGCCACCCGGCUCCUCAAAUGCCAACCCAACUCCAGCCGCAAAAACAACAGCAGCCGCAAGCAUCAGCGGGAUUUCCACCUCAGCAGCCUCCGCUCGUUGGACAGGCAGCUGCUGCCCAUGUUCUUGGUCCUCAGGCAAAUGCGCCAGCAAUACAAGAACUUUUGCUAAAGGCUCCCUCAGCAGAUAUUACACAGUUGAACAUUGUCCGAGAGAUUAUCACACGGAAUCCAGCGGCUGCCAAUGACUAUCCGCUUUUGAUGAGUGCGAUUACGCAGUAUACUGAGGCGAUUAGGAACGGUCAAGCACAUACAUCCUAG